CGCGCAUGCUCGGCAGGCGGGGCGGCUGGGGUCUCGAGACGCUGCAAUCUGUUGCGCCGCCGCCCUCAGGAGCCGGCAGAUCCGGGUCUUGUGGCUCAGAGUGACGUGGGCAAUCGCACCAAAACAGAGGAGGGGGAGGAAGCCGGCGGCCAGGAGCGGCAGCGGCGGCGGCGUCCGGAGCAGCCGCAGCGUUCCGGAAGCUCCAGGCGGUCUUUCUGCCGAGCCUCGGUCCCGGCCCCGAGCCUCCCCGCCCCCUCGGUUACUGUCUGGGCGGAUUUAAACAGUCAAGUAAAAUCAAGCUGGGUAAUCAUGGCAGAAGGUGGAUUCGAUCCUUGUGAAUGUGUUUGCUCUCAUGAACAUGCAAUGAGAAGGCUGAUCAAUCUGUUGCGGCAGUCCCAGUCCUACUGCACAGACACAGAAUGUCUUCAGGAAUUACCAGGACCCGCUGGUGAUAAUGGCAUCAGUGUUACUAUGAUCUUGAUGGCCUGGAUGGUUAUUGCAGUGAUCUUAUUCUUACUGAGACCUCCUAAUCUAAGAGGAUCCAACCUAUCUGGAAAGCCAACCAGUGCUAAUAACGGGCAAGACCCACCAGCUCCUCCUGUGGACUAACUGUGAUACUGGAAGUGAAAAUAGUUAACACCUUGCACGACCACACGACCAAGCAAACGAAGAUGACCAGAGUACUCUUAACCCCAUUAGAACUGUUUUUCCUUUUGCAUCUGCAAUAUGGGAUGGUAUUGUUUUCAUGAGCUUUUAGAAAUUUCAUUUGCAAGCUUAUUUUUGCUUCCUGUGUUAUCACCAUUCCUAUUUACAGUGUAUUUGAGUAAAUGAUUAUAUUAAAAAAAGUUACAUGGGGCUUUUUUGGUUGUCCUAAACUUAAACAUUCCACUCAUUCUGUUUAUAACUGUGAUCAUAAUUUUUGUGGUGAUUUCUGGCGUGAUAGAAGGAAAUUUGAGAGCUCUGCAUUUAAAUAUUUUAAAUAGUUUUGAUAGGUUUUUAAAUUGCUUUUUUUAAUAAGGUAUUUAUAAAGCUAUGUGGGGUUGUCUGAGAUUGUGUGAAAGAAAAUUAGAACCAUACUGUAUUUACAUUUACCUUGGUAGUUUAUUUGUGGAUGGCAGUUUUCUCUAUUUCUUGGGACUGUGGCAGCUCUUGGAAUAUUUUAUAAAUUACAACUGAAAUCUGUAUCAUCUAUUACAACUGGCCUAUGUGACUAGAAUAGGAGGAGAGAAGAAAUGAAAUGGUUUUUACUAAUUUUUCUACUCCUAUUAAAAAUGCCUAAUGUAAUGAAAACUCUAAAUAAACAUGAUUGAUCAAUACAGUGGAUGAUUUACAGUCCAUUAUGUGACAUUUGUAAGCCACUGUACACUAGCCUUACAAGGUUUAUGAGAGGAGGAAAAAGUUAAUUCUUUCUGCCUUUGCCCAAUAUAAUCUAUACAGUAAUAAUUUAAGCUAUAAUUUAUUUUUAAAAUGAGUGCCUCUUGGGAAGCUUCUUUUCUGUUCUAACACUUCCUUGUUAAAAUGAAACUGUCUUAAAGCUGUAUUAGGGCCUGUAGGUUACUAACAUUUACUUCAUUUUUUUAUUUGAAGAAAAAUUUUUGAGGCUUUUGUUAUCCUUCUGACUUAUGAAAAUUUUUAAUGAAUUCUUGGUUUAUUCCAAGAGAAAAGGAAGAAAAUGAGAAACAAUCAAGGAUCUUUUUCUCACCCCUUAUAUCAUUCCUGUUUGGGUAAUGGGAUGGAUUGGGGUGGGAAGGAGUAGUAAUAUAAGCAAAAUUUUCAACUGUAUAAAAAAGUAAAAGUUGCAUUGUUUUGCCUAGUUUGAAAAAGAGUGAAUACAAAUAGGAUUUUAAAAGUCUGCGUGACCUAUGUGGUUAUAGAAUUUUUCCUAGCAAGUGAUUGCAGAUGAUUUUUGGGAACUAAAAGAUAUUUUGCUACCAAUGUAAGGAUCAUUUUUCCCUUAGGUCAGUCUAGCUCUUCACUGUGUAGAUCUGAUAAAUUACUGUAUGAAUUAAAUAAACUUCUUUGUAUCAUUGUACUAUUUAAUAGUCUUUGAUACAGUUGUGUGAUACUCAUAGGCUAUGUUUUCCCUUUACUGUGAUUGCAUUCUAGGCCACAAACAUUGUUAAGAGCAUCAUUUCAGUAUAUAAUCCAAUAUUGACUGCUUGAACUUCUCCUUGUGCAUCUUGGCUUUGUGCUCAACUUCUUGAAAUAAUAUUAAUAUAAACAACUCUUAAUUACUUGUGCUAAUAGAGGGGUAACAUAUCACAGGUAAGUUAAAUCCUGGCUUAAUGAAUACCACAUAGUAAAGGUUUUUCCUUUUGCUGUGGCCUGGAAGGCCUCCUAGCUCUAUAGCUGGUAAAGUAUUUAAAGCAGAAAGGGCCAGAUUUAGAUGGAGCUAAAUCCCUAUAGCAUUCCAAGGGGCUCUUGCCCCUUGAACUUUGAAGGCUUACCCAUAUGUCCUAACAAUCUGUUCUCUGCUAGAAAGCCAAUCCCAGAGAUACUGAUGUAGUCAUUGAAUCUAUGGCUCACAAAUAAUUGAGAAUGGCUUUGGUUGAAGAUGUGGCCAAAACAUGGAUAUAGAAUGUCUAGUAUUAGAUGCUUGAACAUCAGGAUUCUUAGUCCUAGUUCUUUCUGACAUAUACACUUAAUUGACGUAUAUUAGCCUUUUCCUAUAUGGCCCAUCUAUUUAGUUAGUAACAAAUGUUCUUAGUGAAGUAUUUAGUCUUGGGUUUUUUUGCUUGUAAAAUUUCUCUGCAUUCCUGAGAUAGUGCACUGCACAUAAAGUAUUCUUGUUAACCUAACUAGUAAUUUAUAUUAUUAUAUUUAAUUCUUAAUGUGUCUACAUGUGGCUUUUUUAUCGAGUACACUCUUAAAUCAUUACUUGGCUUGUAAAUAUUCACCCAAACCAUGGCUACAAGUUUUAAAAAAUAAUCUGGAGAAAAGGAAGAUAAAGCUUAAAUUUUCAACAUCUUUGGCUCUUAAGCAUUCCACAAAUGCCAUUAAGAGUUUAUUUUGUUUUAGAGUCAUUUAAUAUUAUUUUAUGCAAAAUAAUGAUGGGGUUUUUUUGGCUUGUUUUUUGAUUUUGCUUUCCAUAUGGAAAAGGUUAACAUUGGAAGUGUUUAUAGUAAAAGAUUUUAUCAUGUUAUCUGUCCAAACACUAUGUGAUAGUCAGUGUAACUUGAAGAGAUUUUCUGAAAUAACUAUUGAAUACAGCUAUUCCAUGGUUACUUUCAGCGUCCUUGUGGUAUGUGAUGUGAUAGUGUUCAUGGAAUUACUAAUAUCUUACAUUUUCAAAGGAACCUGGGAAAUCUGUCACUCUAAAUGAAAGUCUGUCAUUCAAAAUGAAUAUGUGCUCAAAUUUGACCAGCUCAGUUUAAGACACAAAACAGCAACUGGAAGAAAGAAAAAUGAAGAGAGUUUACAGCUAAUGGGAUAAAUUUUUGUUGUUGUAAUAGUAAGCUUAGUCUUAUAAUAUUUCAAAAUGAAAAAUCAUAUGUAUUUGUUAUCAUGUCUGAAAAUUACUUUGUUAAAAGCAAAAGUGGUCAUGUGAUAUACUAAUGUUAAUUGCUGUUUUUAUGUUUUAAAUCAUGCCAAACAAAUCAUGUCUGUGCCAUCCAGGGUUUAUUGUUAAUCUUUUACUGAGUACUUGGAUUGGGAUAAAGGGCUUGUACUAUGCACUUUUUAUUAAUGAAUAAAUAGAAAACAUUAGUAACA